AUGGAUAAUCUUGUAUUGCAACUAAAACAACUCAUUACUAAUCAAGAAUUCAUCAGUUCAACCUCCACAAAUCUUCAAUCGCAGCAGCAGCAGCAACUUACCCCAUCCAUUGUCCUCCACAACCCUAUCUUCAGGUACAUACCCCAGCCAUUAACCAACUACUGGUUUAACAAGACCCCACAACAGAGGAGCUCACUUCUAUUGAAAAUACUCCUUACAACCACUCUUAUAUUAUACAUUGCUGCACCAUCACUCCCAAUAUUCAGCAGCAAUAGCAACUCGAAAAUGUUUACCAAACGCCCAGACAAACACACAACCGGAUUGAUCAACUUGAGAAAUGACUGUUUUGCCAACUCUUCUUUACAAGCAUACUCUGCAUUACCUUCAUUGACAGAGUAUCUCAACAGAUUUAUCACUAGUUUCAACCAACUAUUUGAAUUCAUCAAGUCUCACAACAUCAAUAUCGAUGAAUUGAUCAAGUUGAGAACAGAACAUCACAAGUCAUUGCAAAGCGGCAAAUUCAAAGCAUCAAAUCAAAAAUUCGAUAUCCCCUUACAUAUAGCAUUGGCUUCAAUGGUUAAGAAAUUGCAAGAAACUCAAAUGACAUCAAAGACGAUUUCAGUUUGGACUUUUCUACAUGAAUUGGAAAAGAUAUUCAAUGCCAAAAUAUCAAGAAGUCAACAUGAUGCUCAAGAGUUGACUCAAUUGAUUAAUGAAACUUUGGAGAAUGAGAAUUUGAAAUUGAAAAGUUUCCACAAGUUUAUUACUUUGCAUUUACACCAAGUCGUUCCCAAGGGUGGCCAGCCAUCGCCUCAGGACUACACUGUCUUGGAACAAAUAUCCGUUCCUGAAUUCCCGUUUGAUGGAUUAAUCUUGAGCCAAAUGAGAUGUUUGACAUGCCAUGGUGUUUCGAAACCAAUCUUUACUCCAUUCGUCAUGUUGACAUUGCAUUUACCUUCACAGCCACUGGUAAAAUUGGAAACUUUAUUGGAAGAGAAUGAGAGCGAAACUAUUGAAGGAUACCAAUGUGUUAAAUGCAGAUUGGACAAAAUUGUAGCCAACGAGCAUGCAUAUGCUGAAUCUCAUAAUGGAGAAGCAAGACCCGUUUCUUCGCCUCAAGAAGGACAGUUUUUGCAACAGAUCAAUGACUUGGAUAAGAAUCCACAAUUGUGUAUCAAUGAGGAUUUGCCAGAACCAUUGGGGGAUUUCAUCAAGUCCUAUAACGUCAAUGGAAUUGACAUUUCUAAAGUCACUUCAACUGUUGCGAAAAAGUCACAAAUUCUAAAACCACCCAAGAUCUUUGGUUUCCACUUGUCGAGAUCAGCAUUUGAUGGACAGUCGGUUACGAGAAAUUCGUGUCGUGUUGAGUUUAAAGAUACAUUGACAUUGUCAAUUGGGAAAGAGUAUGUCGAGCGAUUGAAAUAUUUCCAGUCAAUUGUUCAAGAUGAUGAAGAGAAAUUGUUGAAUAAGCUCACGUCCUCGGUCUUAACCACUGAUGAAAAUGAUAUGGAGGAUGAAGAUGUUCAACGCGGUGAUUUUGAAGAAAAAGGUCCUGCUGAUGAAGAUGAGGAAGAAGUUUUGACUGAUGAUGGGAAAACUACUGAUAACGGCACCACGGAAGAUGACGAUGACGACGACGAUGACGACGACGAUGACGAUGACGAUGAAGCGGACGAAAAUUCAGUCACAAGUGCAGAUUCCGCCGCUGAAACCAUGACAACUGCGACCACAUUGAGAACUGGUGAAACACCUGUCCCUGUUCACCAAUCCAUCAAUUCGGCACCCAUGUCAGAACAACAAACGGAAAAAUUGAGCCAACAUUUCAGAAAGUUCAAAUUCAACGAUAAUGAUAUCUACAAGUACCGCUUACGAGCAGUGAUUAAGCACUUGGGGUCCCAUACCCAAGGACAUUAUGAAUGUUUCAAACACAAACCUCUCUACGUCAAGAACAAGGAAGGAAACAUUUUCAAAUUGUCACCCGAAAUCAUGGAUUUGUCAGGAAACAUUCACUGUGAAGCGACUCCCGUUGAUUCUGUACCACAAGAAGAUGUCAAUGACCUCGCUUCCAGCAAUGAUGCGUCAACAUCGUCCCCAUCAUCAUUUUCACUUGGUCGAAAAGUAUCAUUACGGAAACUGAGCCGGUCAGUCAGUGGUGGAUCGGAUAAAGACGAUGAUGGAUUACGAUCGAAAUUUUCAAAUCUUAUGGGUAGACGACCAUCCGUCAUCCAAGCCAACCCUAAGAACGUUGAGGAAAUUUUGCAAACUGGGUUGCACACACCAGCGGAGAUCUUGGUUGAUGACCCAAUGAAGAGCAACGCUCUCAAUAGUAACAACUUUGAAGAUGCAUUUGCGCAACAUAAUCUCAAGGAGGAGCAGCAACAGAAACAGCAACAGCAACAGCAACAGCAACAGCAACAGCAACAGCAACAGCAACAGCAACAGCAACAGCAGGUGCAGGGUAGAGCAUUGCCACACAAUAAAGGAGCUUCAUCGUCUAAUCGCCACCACCCCUUAUCUCAGGAAGUCAAUGGUGAUGAAGUAGGCAACUUGAAUGCAUCCGCAUCGAAACCCACAACUGCCGAGUCGCCGCAAAAGAAGGUGAAGAUGAAAAAGAUUAGUUCGUUGAUUUCAAAUCCAUACUGGAGAAUCAGUGAUGGUCAGGUCAGUGAAGUUUCCACUCGCUCUGUCUUGGCUGAAGAAACGUCCGUUUACAUUUUGUACUAUGAAAGAGUUGAUAGAAGACAAAUUAAGCGAUCACAUCGCAAUUAG